AUGAUGUCCCCGUCACCAAAAUCUCCUGAAGAAAAAAAACUACCAAAUGAUGAAAAUUCAUCUAAUGAUGAAUUAUCUCAUCCACCAAAUCAUACACAACAUGAAUAUAUAGCUUCUGAUGAAUCAGCAACGAAUUCGGAUGAUGAUAAUAAUACAAAUAAUCAAUAUGAAAAUUUUAAUGGUUAUUGUCUUUUACCACAAGAAUCUGAUAUUAAUAAUCAACAACAACAAAAAUAUGAUGAUAGUGAAAAUGAAGAUGAAGAAUUUCUUCGUUUUGCUACACUUCGAUCACAAUCAUCCAUGGAUGAAAAUAAAAAUUUUCCGACAAUUAAUUCAACAACAUUUACAAAUGAAUCUAUUUGGACAACUAAAUUAGAAAGUGAAUCAUUUCCUGUUGAUGAUGAUACAGCUAAUUAUAUUAAAAAUUUAAUGUCUUCAAUAAAAUUGCCUGAAUCAAGUAUACCCAUAUGGGCACAAUAUUGUACAGAACAAGAUUGGCAAGAAAAAUUACAACAGCAAAAUUUUGACUACCCUUCUCGUCAAUACGAACAACAUUCAUAUUGGCAACCAUUAAAUAGUGAGCAAGAAAAUAAUCAACUCACGAUAUUAGAAAAAUCUGAACAACCACAGGAAGAACAACAAAAACACAAACAAUCAUUAACAAAUUUUAUAUCAAUUCAUCGUCCAAACUUUGAUUUAAGUGACGUACCCGAAGAAAAUAGUUCGCUUUCAUCAACAUAUUCAUUGACUGAUACUACUGUAGAAAAUAAUAAUAACGAUAACCAAUCUUAUCUUUUUACAUCAACACCCAUUGUUCCUUCUUUUACGUCAAAUAGUCCAAUAACAAACAAUAAAAUUUUUGCUACAUUGUUAUCUGACCAAAACAAUAAUAAUACACCAUUACCUUUACUAUCAGAUAGUGGAAUCGAUCAAUCUUCCACUAUAUCAAGAGUUGGUUUAACAACUGAUAUUCAACGUAAAGCUGAUGUUUGUCAAUUAAAUAAUAUGUCGGCAUUAUCAUCAUUACGAUAUUCAUCAAAUCUAGGUACUGGUACAAUAAAAUCACAUCCCUAUGAUCAACGAAUUAGUGAUCAAGGUGAUAAAUAUAUAAUACAACUUAAAACGGAUGAAUAUCAAGAAAAUGAAUUUACAGUUACACCACGUUAUUCAUUUAAUCAAUUAAUUAUUGAUGGUAAACAUCGUGAAGAAGAUAGUCUUGGUGGUUAUAUACAUCGUGAAUUACAUAAAAUUUUUAACAUUCCAAAACAUAUCGAUUUAAAUCGAUAUACAUAUUCAUAUGAUAAACAUACACAAGAAUUAAUUAUUGAAAUGCCUUAUAUACAAACAUUAUCAGCUAGUAAGGAAAAUCAAAAUGAUUCAUCAUUUAUUUCACCUAUACGUAAUACAACAGAAUCCUUAACUUAUUUGCAUGGAAAUGUUAAUCGAAAUAGUGGCGGAAAUAUGUCACCAACGGUUGCGAAUCGUUCGAAUUAUCAUUAUGAUAGCAAUAAUACAAGUGGUAUCGGAACCGUAGCAUCUGAUACAACAUUAAUGCGAAGCUCAAAUACAGCUGUUGCACCAAUUUAUGAAUCAUCAAUUGGAAAUACAACACCAUUUGAUUUUGAUUUAUUUCAUCGAUCAGCUUUUCGACCACAAAUUGUUCAAGCAACAUCCGAUGAUGCGAAUAAUGAUAAAAAAUUAAUGAUGUCUUUAGAUCUAAGUGAUUAUCAAGCUGAAGAUAUAAAAGUAUCUGUAAAAGAUCAUGAAUUAAUUGUUAAGGCCGAAAGAAAAAUUGAAACUGAUACACGUAAAUCUCGUACAUCAUUUUUUCAAUCAACUAGUUUACCACCACAAACUGAUAUUGAAAAUCUUCAAUCAAAUUAUAUUGAUGGGAAAUUGGUUAUUGAAGCUCCUUAUAUUGAUCAUAAUAGAAGUGAAAGAAGAAUUAUUAAUACUAGUAGUAGUAGUAGUGACACUAAUCAAGGAAUGAAUUGGCAAACAGUAACUGAAUCACAAGAAAAAACCACCGAUGAUGAUCCAUUCCAACGGCGAACAGAAACUGUUACAGAAUUUGUUCGCGUUCGUCGACUUUGA